UCAAAGUUCAACUCAGGGUACCCCAUUUAGUGAAGUUUAGUUAAAGUGUGACUGGACGUUAGUGUGCAUUUAAGUGAACUUAAAGUCCAUUAUUGUUUAAACCGGCAGGAUAUACACAGCCAGGAGGAACAGCACAACACAAACUUCAUCUGCCCACCAUGAGUGUCGUCAACAUCGGUCCAGACCCAUCUCUGGUGUAUCGGCCAAAUCUGGAGGAGAAUGCAACCAAAGAGAAGGAAGAAUACAGAAACUUUGAGAGUGGAAGUCUAAUUGACCGUGUGUUCAGCACAUACAAGCUGAUGCACACCCAUCAAACGCUGGACUUUGUGAAACAAAAGCACUCUGCAUGGAGCGUCUGUAACCACACUCAGAUGACAAUGAUGGACGCCAUUAUGUCUCUGGACAAGCUGGUGGAUGAGUCGGAUCCUGAUGUGGACUUUCCCAACUCCUUCCACGCCUUCCAGACGGCUGAGGGCAUCCGCCAAGCUCACCCGGACAAUGACUGGUUCCAGUUGGUGGGUCUGAUCCAUGAUGUUGGAAAAAUGAUGGCUCUUUGGGAUGAACCCCAGUGGGCUGUAGUUGGUGACACCUUCCCAGUCGGCUGCAAGUUUCAAAACUCCAUUGUGUUUAGAGACAAUACCUUCCUGGAUAACCCAGAUGAUAAAAACCCCAGAUACAAUACUGAAUACGGCAUCUAUGAAUCAAACUGUGGGCUCGACAAAGUCCUCAUGUCAUGGGGUCAUGAUGAGUAUCUCUACAGAGUUCUGAAGUUCAACAACUGCUCCAUCCCAGAGCAGGGGUUGUACAUGAUUCGCUUCCAUUCAUUCUACCCCUGGCACUCCCACGCAGACUACAUGCAUCUCUGCAACGACAAAGACCUGCGCAUGCUGAGCUGGGUCCAAGAGUUCAACAAAUUUGACCUGUACACAAAGACCACCGAGCUGCCCGACAUCGACAAGCUGAAGCCGUACUACCAGUCUCUGAUCGACAAGUACUGUCCUGGAAUACUGAAGUGGUGAAACAGACACCGAAUUCAACAGCAACACUAUACAGACACAAAGAGUGAUUAUCUGUGUUGAGUAACUCAGACUGAUUCCACGUGUUGUUGGCUUUAUAAUAACACUAAAACUAGAUAUCUCCUUUACACACGUUACUUAAUGAUAAUGUCUAUAACCUGACAAUGAAAUGACACAUUGUAUAUAACUCAUAACUGUUACACAUUUUCAGAUAAAAAUUGCAGAAAAGUAUUUCUAUUUUAUUGUACUUUAAUACGUGAUUUAAAAAAAAAAUUAAAAACACUA